GCGCAUGCGCGGCGCGGGGCUCGGGGGAGGCGCAGGGCCGCGGCGGCGGCGCUCGGCGGCGGCAACAAUGGCGGCGGCGGUGGCAGCGGGCGGGGGGAGCGGGCCCGGGGCCGCCGCGGCGGCGGCCGUGGGGGUCGGCGGGGGAGGCCCGGGCCUGGCCGCGCUGUCGGUGGCGAGGCGGAAGGACGGCGGCCCGACGGGGAAGUUCUGGGAGAGCCCCGAGACGGUGUCUCAGCUCGACUCGGUCCGCGUGUGGCUCGGCAAGCACUACAAAAAGUAUGUGCAAGCAGAUGCUCCUACCAACAAAACGCUGGCUGGGCUGGUGGUGCAGCUGCUGCAGUUCCAGGAAGAUGCCUUUGGGAAACACGUCACCAAUCCUGCCUUCACCAAGCUCCCGGCAAAGUGCUUCAUGGAUUUCAAAGCUGGAGGUACAUUAUGUCACAUUCUUGGUGCUGCUUACAAAUAUAAGAAUGAACAGGGCUGGAGAAGUACCUUUCCUCGCCAUAAUAGGCGGAGGUUUGACCUGCAGAACCCAUCCCGGAUGGACCGAAACGUGGAGAUGUUCAUGAACAUUGAGAAGACACUAGUGCAGAACAACUGUCUGAGCAGACCAACCAUCUACCUCAUUCCAGACAUAGAGCUGAAGCUGGCUAAUAAACUGAAGGAUAUCGUCAAACGCCACCAGGGAACAGUAACUGAGGAGAAAUCCAAGGCCACCCACCACGUGUAUCCAAGUCCUACCUCAAUGGAUGAUGAUGAAUGGUUGAGACCUGUGAUGAAAAAAGACAAGCAGGUGCUGGUGCACUGGGGCUUCUUUCCAGACAGCUAUGACACUUGGGUUCAUGCCAACGAAAUAGAUGCUGAAAUUGAGGAUCCUCCAAUUCCUGAAAAGCCAUGGAAGGUUCAUGCCAAGUGGAUUUUGGACACAGAUAUAUUCAACGAAUGGAUGAACGAAGAGGAUUACGAGGUGGAUGAGAACAGGAAAUCCGUGAGUUUUCGGCAGAGGAUCUCCAUGAAGAAUGAAGAGCCUGUGCGUAGUCCUGAGAGGAGAGACAGGAAAGCAGCAGCAAGCACACGGAAGAGAAAGCAUUCUCCUUCUCCACCCCCAACUCCUGUGGAGUCGAGGAAAAAAUCAGGGAAGAAAGGACAAGCAACCAUAUAUGGGAAAAGGAGAGGGCAGAAGGAAGAAGAUGAGCAAGAAGAUCUUACGAAGGACAUGGAGGAUCCCACACCAGUACCUAACAUAGAAGAAGUGGUACUUCCCAAAAAUGUGAACCCAAAGAAGGACAGUGAGAACACGCCUGUGAAAGGAGGAACAGUGGCAGACCUUGAUGAACAGGAUGAGGAGACAGUGGCGACUGGAGGAAAGGAGGAUGAAGAUCCUAACAAAGGCGACCAGAGUCGAUCGAUUGAUCCGGGUGAAGAUAACGUCACAGAACAAACCAACCACAUCAUCAUUCCCAGCUAUGCAUCCUGGUUUGACUACAACUGCAUUCAUGUGAUUGAGCGCCGCGCUCUUCCAGAGUUUUUCAAUGGGAAGAACAAGUCCAAGACUCCUGAAAUAUACCUGGCUUACCGCAACUUCAUGAUCGACACCUAUCGCCUCAACCCCCAGGAGUACCUGACCAGCACUGCCUGCAGGAGGAACCUGACUGGAGAUGUGUGUGCUGUCAUGAGAGUGCAUGCUUUUCUGGAGCAGUGGGGUCUCAUCAACUACCAGGUGGACCCGGAGAGCCGCCCCAUGGCCAUGGGCCCUCCUCCCACCCCUCACUUCAAUGUGCUCGCCGAUACGCCCUCUGGCCUCAUGCCUCUGCACAUCCGCACCCCACAGAUCCCAGCUGCUCAGCAGAUGCUGAGUUUUCCUGAGAAAAACAAAGAGAAACCCACUGACCUGCAGAACUUCGGACUUCGCACAGACAUUUACUCAAAAAAGACUUUAGCAAAGAGUAAAGGUGCGAGUGCUGGAAGAGAAUGGACGGAGCAGGAGACGCUGCUGCUGUUAGAAGCCCUGGAGAUGUACAAGGACGACUGGAACAAGGUCUCGGAGCACGUUGGCAGCCGCACCCAGGAUGAGUGCAUCCUCCAUUUCCUGCGGCUCCCCAUUGAGGACCCCUACCUGGAGAACUCGGACGCGUCCCUCGGCCCCCUGGCCUACCAGCCUGUGCCCUUCAGCCAGUCUGGCAACCCCGUGAUGAGCACUGUUGCUUUCCUGGCGUCGGUGGUGGACCCCCGCGUGGCAUCAGCAGCAGCAAAGGCUGCCUUAGAGGAAUUCUCCCGGGUCAGAGAGGAGGUGCCCCUGGAGCUGGUGGAAGCCCACGUCAAGAAAGUGCAGGAAGCAGCGCGUGCCUCAGGGAAGGUGGAUCCCACGUAUGGGCUGGAGAGCAGCUGCAUUGCUGGGACGGGGCCGGACGAGCCAGAAAAGAUGGAUGGAGCCGAAGAAGAAAAAAUGGAAACAGAGACAGAUGGGCAGCAGCCUGAGAAGGUUGAAAGCAAAGCAGAGAGUGAAAUUGAGGAAGGUGAAAAAGUACAAGAAGGAGAAAAUGAGAGGAAUCCAGAAAAGGAACAAGAAAGCGAAGCGACUGCAGACACCAAACCAGAAGAAAAGGAGGCAGAAGAGAACAAGGAGAACGUUGAUGCAAGCAAAGACAAAGAAAUGGAGGCUGGGAAGAAGAAAGUGGAACACGAGAUCUCGGAAGGAAACGUAGCUACAGCUGCAGCUGCUGCUCUCGCCUCAGCUGCCACCAAAGCAAAGCACCUAGCAGCAGUGGAAGAAAGAAAAAUCAAGUCCCUGGUUGCUCUCCUGGUGGAAACGCAGAUGAAGAAGCUGGAGAUAAAGCUUCGCCAUUUCGAGGAGCUGGAAACCAUUAUGGACCGAGAGAAGGAGGCAUUGGAGCAGCAGAGGCAGCAGCUGCUGACGGAGCGCCAGAACUUCCACAUGGAGCAGCUGAAGUACGCUGAGCUCCGCGCCCGGCAGCAAAUGGAGCAGCAGCACAGCCAGAACGCUCAGCAGCCCCACCAGCACUCCGGGCCUGGGCUGAACCCUCUGGGCACGGCGGCUCACCAGGGCCUCCUGCCCCACCAGCAGCCCCCGCCGUACCCCAUGAUGCACCACCAGAUGCCUCCACCCCACCCCCCCCAGCCAGGUCAGAUGCCCGGGCCCGGCUCCAUGCUGCCCACACAGCCCAUGCCGGGCCGGAUGCUGCCAGGAGUGUCGGCCAACCUUCACCCCACAGGUGCUCCCGCUCCACCCGGCAUGGCACCCAUGGCCGGCGGCCUCAUUGGGCCCCGCGUCCCUCUGGCAGCGCCCAAUGGCAUGUAUCCCCCCGCUGCGCAGCCACCUCCGCCUGCAGAAGGGGUGACCCCCCCUCCCCCCGGAGCCCCGCCGGCCGCGGCCGCCCCAUAAGCGACCCGAGAGAAGGAACUUCUACAGCAACACAGUGGUGACCAAAAGAACUCCGUUUCUCUCCUCUGCCCCGGAGGUCUCCGCCCCCCGUUGUGCCCACACCCCCCCACAGAUGAGCACAUCCACACACGGUCCCUUUCCCCGCUCCCACCCCAGCCUGGCAGUCCUCAGCGCUCCGUUGGCUGCCCAUUGGCGGUGCCGCCGCUGUCCCCAUACCGCUGCUGGGCGGUCCCUGCUGUGCUCCGCUCGCUCCCGGUGCCCCCGGCUCUGGUUUUGUCCCCUCUUGGUGUUUUGAGCUUUGGGUUCUCCUGGGGGGAGUGGGGUAAAGCUGUGCGCUGAAGGCGUCAGCUGAGCCUUGGGAUGCCCCACGCGCCCCCCCCCCACCUCUGAGCCCGUGUUGUGGGUUCCCCGGGCAAAGCAGCAAGACUGGAUCCCAAAUCAGGGCCGGGGGUGGGGGGGGCGGCACAGUGGGGUGCCGGAUGUGGGCUGUGCCACACAGGCGGCUGUCGCCAAGGAUGGCAGCAGGGCCUGGGGUGGCAUCGCCGUCCUAAUAGGGAAAAUAUGGGCCCGGUGCGAACGAAGCCAGCCGUGAUAUGAGAUGAAGCCAGGAGCGAAUCGAUUGGAAUGGAACCACUCCAUGGUAGGAGUUUUCUUGCUCCGGUUUUUACCUUCCUUUUGCCUUCGGAGGCAGUAGUUGGACGUUCCCUCUGAGUAGUUUGGUGCAGUAGCCAACCGAGGAAUAAAAUACGCCAUUUUUAGUCCCUCUUUUUGGAGCAUAGGCUUUUUAAUGUUUAAAACGAACAAAAAAACACAGUAGAUAGGAAGCAGUGGGGGGGGGUUGGGCAGGGGGUUGGGUCGGGCUGUGGGCGCAUCCCCUCCACGCUGCCCUCCCCACGGCGCCGUUGGCCGAAGGGCGGUGGCGGAGAUGCCGCUGCGGGUCGGCCGCGGCCCCAAACCCACAGAGCCCCCCCAGCCCCGCGCUUACAGCCACGGAGCCGCCCCGGGGAGCGCUCUGCUCAGCACCAUUGGUCGCCCUUCCCGACCGUCUGCAGCCGCGUUGCUUCCCGCACGUAGGAGCGAUGCGUCCCUCCGCCAGCGCCAGCGGCCCACCGCCCCCCACGUGCAGCCCGGGACCUCCUUCCAUGGGCCCUUCCCCUGCGGGGGCACCGGGCUGAGCCGGGGAUUCUGGUUCGGCCCGCGGUCCGGUUUAGAAUAACCUCAGGUUGUUUUUAGCGUGAUCAGCUUCAGCCUCAAGGAUCCAGAUGGAGACUAUUUUUUACUGUACGAGCGACGGUCCCGCAGAGCACCCCGACUCGACACUGUUGUGUUUCUGUAUAAAUAAUCCACCUGCUGACUUUUUUCAUCUGAUCCUCUGUAUAGGGCCGGUUUUAUUCCUGCAGCCACACAGCCACCCGAUUUUGUGAAAUAAAACAAACGUUUUUGUACAAA